CCCCUCCGUCUCCAGUUGCUCCUGUCGGCGACUGUCAAGCCUAACGUCGGCCUUUCUUUACCUUCUUCAGCAGAUAUCCAAAUCAACAAACGUCCUCGCGCGCUCACUAGUAGGAGCACAAGCCCGCAAACUCCUUGCUCCACUUUUUUCGAUUCACAAGAUGGCGGGUGUACCCGGACGCAGUGGGAAGAACUCCAAAGCCGUGCGCGAAUUCAAGGCGACAGGCAACAAGGCCAUGCAGUCUGGUGCCUUUCAAAAGGCCAUGAGACUCUACACCCGCGCCUUGGAUCUCGAUCCGGCUAAUUCCAUCUUAUAUAGCAACCGUUCUGCCGCCCAUUUCAAUCUCCGCCAAUUUAGCGAAUCUCUCGAUGAUGCGGAGUCUGCCAUCCUCUGCGACGCCAUGUGGUGGAAGGCCUACAAACGCAAAGGGCUUGCGUUGAUACACAUGCAAAGGUACGAGGAGGCGAUCCAUGCGCUUGAGGAAGGGCUUCGGAUUAUCAAGAAGAAUGCUGAGAUGGAGAAGAAUUUAGAGUUCGCAAAGGCUUGCCAGGAGCAAGCCCAGAACUUGUACAUUCUUCCGGAACCCGUCAUGAUGCAGCGCCUUGAGAGCGUUCCCGUCUUCAUCGUCACGGAUAAUGUCGGACAGCCCUUCUUCGUGACAUAUGAUGAUGGUCAGCAAGUUUGCACCUUCUAUUUCGACCAGGAGGAUGCCAAUUCUACGCUUGAAUGGAUAAAGUCUGAAAAUCCAGGUUUGGGCGACACCGCUCGUGUAAUUCACAUUACCCUUCAUCAAGCAUUUAACCUUGCGCAAGAGACUCAAAAGCAGUACUAUGAGGAAACUACUCGGGCUGCCGCCGAAGAAGACAUACGUGCUGCCGCGGAAGCUGCAGCAACAAAAGGAGGCAAGGGCACGACCGAGCCGGUUCUCGAUGUCGAUGGUGAUGAAACUACAGAAACACCAGAGGAAGUAAAGACCGACGAUGACACCGAUAUGAAGAAGGAGAAGGAUAAAGAUUCUAGUACACAAAAAGGUGACACCGACAUGAAGAAGGAGAAGGAUGAAGAUUCUGGUGCACAAAAAGGUGACACCGACCCUGCUCAGCACGAGUCGAAUGCGGAAGUUCAAGAAAAGAGUGACAGUGAAAAGAAAGACACUGCAAAGGCAGACGGUGAAAAGGACGGCAGCGACCAGAAGGACGAAGCUUCAAAGGAAGAUGACAGCAUCAUUGAUGAAAAUGCUCCUCUCUCUUUCCAGUUCCGACCUGAAUUGCGACAGGUCAAGGUUGCUGUAGAGCUUUUGAACCAAAACCCGGACCCUCCUGUCAAGCCAAUUCUUCGCGACCCGCCAUCUGUGAGGAAGGCGAAAGCAGAAGCUGCGGCAGCUGCGGCAGCCGCUACCUCAAAAGAAAUUGAUAAUGUGGAAGGGGCUGGGAAUGUCGAGAAACCAGCAGAGUCUGAGGACAAGAAGGAAGAGGCAGAAACGGAAACGAAGGAUGAAGUCGAAGGUGGCGAGGGGAAGGCAGGCGCGGACAAACCAGUUGACGAUGAUGAGGACGUUGAACUGACGGUCGAUAAUUUUAAUGGGAUUCCCAUUUUCCAGGCAAAGGGUCUAACACUGUUGCAGAAAAACAAGCAACUCAUUCCCCUCUUUUUCUCGAAGUGGGACCUCGAAGACGCGUGGAAGCAACUAAAGGAGAGCAACGCUAUGGAUGUUCCAAAGGAGUGCGAAAUCGACGUCGGAACGCUAGAGGAAGUGCUGAGAAGGAUGUCUGAAAGCAAGACCGGCGAAUUUCAAUCAGUCUUCUUUGUGCCAUCUCGUGAAUCCAUGAAGGCUAUUAACGUGAAGUUCCCUCUCGAUGAUCUCGCAUCAUCCAACUCAAGUACAACGAAGAACGCCCUGGGAGGUAAGCCUUCUGCCAAGAAGGCCGGAUUUUCGAAGGCUAAACAAGUCGCCGCGCGUGGCGGCACUAAAGACGAAAUCCGAGCUGCUAUUCGUGAGGAUAUCGAGAAGCAUGCAGAAAGACAAAAAAUGGCAGAGAUUAUUGCUCAGAUUGAACAUGCAGGUCGGACAGGUAGUGUGAACGGACUUGGCCAAGUGCCGCCAACUGGUAACGCUUCAAGUGCAAAAUAAGUUUAUGGAAAUUCUGGGCUGCUGCCAAUGAUACCAAUGGUCAAAUGCAGGAUCCGGGAUCGAUUCAUCUGAAGAAUGCGGAUUGGGCCUUGAUGCCGCGGCAGGUGUGAAUUCUGAUGUCCCGUUCUCACUUCUUAACGUUUAAGUUUAUGGGAAAGUAAGGUUUUGUGCUAUGUCGAGAUUGUACACAAGUUAACAAAAUGGGUGAUCCUGUGGAAGGGGGUCUCAUACGGGGAGUGGUUUAGGUGUAAACAAAUAAACUUGGGGACUGUUCGAUACAAGACUUGAGGCAAUGGGACAGCAAGCAAGACACCAACACGCACGACUGGCGUUCGUUCUUCUGCCUCAUCGACAGCGGCAGC